CAAAGCCAGACAACGACGACGCAAGGACGAAGCCAUUUCUCUGAAAAAAGGAUUUCCAACAACACCAACAACAAAAAGGCCGUCAAGCAAAUUCCUAGUCAACGUACACACGAAAAAAGGAGAGGAGAGGAGAGGAGAGUUGAGCAACAACAAAAAGGAAAGAAAGAAAAAAAUCAAUAAUAGACACAUGUAAGCGGAUACUCUGUUGGGUCCGGCACGACCAACAAUAUGUUUGGGCAACAACAACAACAACAACAACUACUACAGCAAAAGCAGAAGCAACACAAACAACGACAAUGUGGCUAAAAGCUACUGCGAAGCCAGCGCGUGCCUGCAAAUAGUGUCCUUAGGUGCAGCUCUAGUAAAGUCCUAAGGGAGUCCUUUGCCCGCAGAGAAGCAGCCUUGGAGCAUUGUUGGAGCUCAGCUGACCAUGGCGGACAGAUACGCCACCUCGGCCGGCUACUACGAACGCCAACAGCAGGCGGCCAGCGGUCUGCCGCACAAUUCAUUUGCAGCAGCUCAGCCCUAUCGAUCGUAUGGCGGCUAUAGUCCAGCCCCUGGCUAUGGGUAUGCACACUACGGGCAGGCCCCGUCGGCGUAUAUGCACGGCUAUUAUGGCGCCCAGUUUGAGAGUAACGCGUAUAGACGCUAUGCUUCCUAUGCCUCGCCCCAUUACAGCCAACAGAUGCCGCCCGCGCACUCCGCACAUCAAUCACCGGGUCUCUUCACCCCCGCCGGCCAACAACUGAUACCUUCAAGUGUGCUGCACUAUCCACCCAGGCAGCCACCCUAUCAGCCAUCACAGCCAUCCUCGCAUGCCAGCUAUGCUAGCGCAGCUGAGCAGCAGCUGCCCCACCACUCCGUCUCAGCCUACAACGCUUCCUCGCACUUUGCGCAUGCGCAGGCGCGUGCAGCAGCCGCUGCCGCUUACCAGGCUAGUGCAGCCGCUGCCGCUGCUGCUGCGGCCGCCUCCUCCUACUCGAGCACACCCAUGCCCUACACAUCGAGCGGCGCGCCGCUGCCGCCACAACGCUCUUCUACACCAGCGCCCAAUCGCACAGUCUUGCCGCCCAAUUUUCUCGAGCCUUUGCGCAACUAUGCCGAGCAACUAAACGCGUCCAGUCUGCGCAGCAAGCUCGACGAGCCGCCAGAUUGCGGCCGCAGUCAGGACUUAGAGUCCGAUAUAGCUAGUUCUGGUGCUUCGGCUGCUCCUGCAGCUGCAGCUGGUGCUGGCGCUGGUGCCUCACCCCAACGAUUGACCACUUCCCCACCGCUCAUAAGUGCCACUGGAACGGACAGCGGCAUCAGUAAUUGCAGCACUCGAGCGAGAAGCGACAGCAGUCAGAGCACACCCGUCUAUAGCAGCGAAUAUCCCGUCAAUAUGUCCGUCGAGUCGGCUUCGUGCGUCUCUUAUCAUUGUCCCGGUGAUGGCAAGGACUAUGAGGAGGAACAGCCGCGUGGCGCAGAUAAUGCGGAAUUGGAGCCAUUGGGCUGCGAUAUCAACGUGAAAUCGGAGACGAUUUCAACUGAUGACAUAAGCGCCAAAGCGACAUCGACGCCGACACCACCACCUUUGAGUAGCAUUGAUAAGCAAGAGGCUGCUGAAGGGAAGCCCACAACGUCGCCCACGGAUGAGCCAGUGGUGGCAGAUGUUGUCAAGCAAGCGGAAAUCAAUUUGGUGAAGCCGAAAGAGGAGCCUGACGAUGCCGAGCAGCAAGGAGCGACGACUGCGGCCUGUGGAGCGCAGAAUGACAGCAGCAACAGCAGUUGGUGCCAACAGCAACAGCAACAUUGGAGCCCAGCCAAGCGUCUUCCGCGCACGCCGCCCGUGCCGCACAACUCACCCGUUGGCUAUGGCCAAUCGUCGUCAGCAGCGCCGCAGCCGCCGCCGCCUGCGCUGGCGCCGCUGCUGCAGCAAAGCAGCAGCAAAGCUCAUGGCACACGAAAUGCAUUGACCGCCAAGGGUCGCAGCAAUCGCAUCAUCGAGUGCGAUCUCAUUCCGAGCAAGAAAUCAAAACGAAAGAGCGCCAAAACGUACAGCGAGAGCAACACUGAGAGCGUCGAGUCUACGGUGCGCGAGCAAAUACGCGAUAUCAAGCCGCUGCCUGGAUUUCAGCAGGCGUUUGGUUCGACAGAAAUUGGACGUUUCUCGGAAACAUUUCUGCAAACGCCCGAAAAUAUCGUGGAACGCAUUGGAACGCAUUUCGAUGAGUAUGGCAGUACGCCAUAUCAUAAUCCCUACUACGAUGCCACGCCCACGCCGGCCACCUACUGGGCUCCCUACGAUGAAUGCAACAACUACAACAGUCAAAUGAGCCGCAAUCGAUUGCGCUCGCAUGGAGGCUACGGAUUCCCCGACUACAUGGCGUAUGAGCGAUAUGCCGCAUACAGCGCGGGUCGGGGGCGUUAUGGCGAAAUACGUUGCAAUGGCUACUGAAAGUCUAGCAUAAUAGAAAACUCUAUAUUUAAAUAACUAUUGAAAACCUAAGCAGCCAAAAUUGUUGUUAGUCGUCCCGUAUCAUUGUCAUUUCUCUGUGUGUGCCUUUUUCGGUCAAAAUUCAACAUUGCUCCUUCAACAAACGCCUCUUUUCGGUGUGUUGUCGAUGCGAAAUUGUUGUCGAAAUUCAUAAAAUCGAGAACUUGAAACAGCUAAAAACAAAACUUAAAGAAAGCAAAAUAUGGUAUUGAAAACUUAAGAUACAAAUAGCGGAAUGUUUUAAAUGUUUUAAAAUCAGCAAACAUGUGCAAAACCGAAACAAGUAACGUACAUACGAUUUGAACCUUCUCCUCACUGUACAUAGCAACGCAUUUCAAAUACAAUAAACUUACACAUUAUGACAAAAAAAAUUCGCAAUUUUUAAAAAAAAGAACAUAACCAAACAGUCUACCAAACAUAAUAAUACCUACAAGUAUAUUAAGCGA